AUGUCGCCCACGACGCAGACGACGCUCUCUGUUAUCGCAGGUAAAGACCGACCUAUGGACUACAGCCUUUCUCGCAAGGUGGAUGAAAAGGAGUAUAUCACCACCAUCGACCUGACUGACACCACGUUGGAGCAGAGAAGGCUGGCAGCAAACCGAACAACUACAUUUGGUCUGAAAGCUUUUGGCGAACCGCAGAGUAAAGAGUUCGUCGUCGCCGCCGCCGACUUGCACAGAUCCGGCUUUAAAGAUGAGCAUCUUCGGAUCAUCACUCAACAACGAGAUGAAACGGCUGCCUCAACAACGGCGGCUCUCGACCGCUGGCUGCAUGUUCACACGGACCACGUGAAUCGAGAAACCUUCGAGAAAUUAGCUCUCAACUUCGUUCUCAAACACGAUGAAGAUCUGGUUCCGGUAGUGCUUUCGGUACUCGAGGAGGUCUGGUCUAACUAUGAAGAGCAGUCUGCGUAUGGAAGUCAUCUCCGACCUGGAGCAGUCUGGCGAUGUGAUGGGACCGAUGCUGAACAAUCGCAUAAGCCCGAUCUUUCCGCAACGUUCAUCUCGUUUCCUUAUUUCGAUGCUGGUACUGGGCCACCAUCGUACAAAUCCAAGGAGUAUCCAACUCAACUAUCCCGAGGACUAUUCGAGAACGCAUACCCGCACGAAGCGACACACAAUAGAGACGCCGAUCAGAUGUUCCGAAAAUUCAAACGCAAUAGAAAGAAGCAACACCUCCGCGUAUCUCAGCUAUGGGCUUUGGUCUUACGAUCUCGAACUAUCAUCACGUGCUCGUCCAGCCCGCUUCCCGAAAUGUUCCAUGGCGUGGAGUUUGUUGCAGCGAACGAUCUUCUUGUCAAAGAGCCGGGUAGGAUUCAUGUAACUGAUCAUCUCAGACGGGUCAUGUACCUGCCAUUGGAGACAUGCACCACCUUUUUCGGACUUCGACGUACUCUGGAGGAGCACUGCUUCAGAGAUACUGAAACCACAAUCGACGACUGCAUCAUAACUGGCGAGGACAGCUGCAAAGAGCUAAACGCUAUUGAGUGGCCUGAUCUACUCAAGUUUCGCAUGUCGCCAUUCAUAUACGUACGACUACACCCGAAAACGAAAACCACUCGUGAAGUAUCGGGUGGAGGCGGGAUUCAACUGGAGUCGCCUAAAGUCACCAGACUGAUUGAGUACGAAAGCUUAGACUCUGAUGAUGAUGAUGAUGAUGCGAGAGCAGAUGAUAUGGCCCUCGUGUUGUCAAAGCAUCAGUAG